UUUUUUUAUAUAGAUUGUACAUUACAAGGCAUUAGGUCCGUUUCUAAUUCAUAUCUUUCUGUUCUACUGAUGUUUUUAAAGAGAACACUGUUUGAUUCACAAACAAAUUAUGUAAAUAUUAUAUGUCCUAGUUUUUCACGAAUAAACGUCAUACGAAGGCUAUAAUCCGACUGCCCUAAUCUCAUUGCAGAAAAGAGAAAGGCGCCAUGAACAUUGAUUGACAGGUUUACAAUCCUAUAAGGCUGCAACUCCUAAACUACACAACCAAUGAGAGUGAGACAUUUGAAAGCCUGGAGGCGGAGCGGAGCUUUCUAAUUGGCUGUGCUCUGAAGAGGCAGUAUGUGUCGUCUUGUAUCCUCGUUUAUCCUUUGGUGUGGGAUCCGAAUGCAAUAGUCUGAAUUUCCCGUGAAAACACUUGAUUCUGAAUAUCGAUUUUAUGUAAAAAAAAAAAAAAAUCAUUUACAUUUUUACAUGUGCGUAAGAAAGUGAUUGUGCGAUGUCCAGCAGAAAAAGACAUUUUUGGGGCGAGGAGGAGACAGAUUUUCUCCUGCAGACAUUAAGGGAGAUGAAUAUAGAUCGAUAUAAAGACGGACGAAAGCGUCGCAACAGUCUCAUCUUCAGAAAGGUUUGCGCUAAACAUAAAGCAGCGGGCUUUAUUCGCUCAUGUGACCAGGUGAAACACCGCUGGAAAACGCUCAAAUCCAUUUACUACAAGGCAAAAAGACAAAAUAUUUCCAGUUCUGAUGGAGCGUUUAAGCAUUUCGAUACAAUGGAAGAGAUUUUUGGCCACAGACCUUCGGUAACGUCAAAUCAGACUGUAACGUCAGAUGAUGUCCACUGUAAAGACGAAUCUCCCGUCGCGGAAAACGAGUGCUUGACUUUUGACGAGGAUGAAUGUGAUGAAAAUGGUGUGGAUGAUGAGGAAAGCGGAAUCGAAGAAAUCCAGCCAAUGAAAACAGAGAAUGAGCCACUUAUUCUCACACAACCAUUACAUGAGAGCUCAGCUCCGGCAGAAAGCACCACAUCCACCCAACCGUCCAUUUCUUUAGAGAUCAUCAACUGUACCCCGGCAUCCACUUCCCAGCAGCCCUCUGUUCAAGACAUGUUCAAAGAAAAAAGCCCAUGUUGCACUGCACUGCAUGCACAGUAUCAACACUUUUUUGAAAGAAUGCAGCAGACACAAAACAUGUGGCUGGAGCGUCACCUUGAACAGAGUCAUGCCCGAGAGGAACGACUCAUUGCUCGAGUGCUCGCCGAACACACUCACUCUAUGGAGGCCUUAAUAAACCAGCUUUUUGCAGGAUUAAGAAGCCUCCUGCCCCAUCACCAGCUGCAGUCAAAUCCCCAGCCGAUUCAUACAUCCCCAGAUAUCCUCAGUCCACACCCUGAUCAUAUGAUCAACCCUACAGAGCACCUGCAGACAUCAAGUGUUCCUUCUCAACCUGAGGACCACGCCUGCGGUUCAGGGCAAGAUACACCAGUCAAUCAAAAAACGUGAUCUAAAUAUUCAUGUUGAUGCAUUGUUAGGUUUUAUUUUGAGUUUGUAAAAGAUUUAAAAUAGCAAUAAAUAUACUUUUUUUCACGGUAAAAUACAGCGGGAGUGAUUAAAAGCACACCAAACUUUUGUUACAUAGAACUUCAUUGAUGGUGAUGGUGUAACGAAACACAUGUAAAAUUAAUGUAAUGAAAAAAUAUGAAAAAAGACCAAACUGACAACCCCUGAAGCUUAGGGACAUUAAGCUGGUCCGGGCAGGUUAGGUUUGGUUCAGAACAUCAGUCAAAUGCUCAACCUCUAGGUGUCCUCUUUUUCAAGUUUUUAUUAAGUGUUUAGUUAUGGAAAAAAUCCGUUUUUAAAAUGUCUUAAAUAAACAUGAAUAAGCUCUAAAACUUGAACACAAUUAUCCUAACAAUGUAUUGUAAUAAAAAAAAUUCCACAAGAUGGCGCCGGUGAGCUUUUGGGUCGGCAGACUUAUUUCCGGUCAUAUAACACUAUGGGAAAAGAGGACUUUGGAUCUGGUCUCUGCUGUAUUUUUUAACCAACUGCAGCACUGAAAAACAGGUACAAAGUCAUCUGGCUUACAAUAACGAUAUCUUGUCAAAUGCUAAGAAAGUUUCGCACUAAGCCUUAGAUCCAAUAUCAUUCAGAAAAGCAUUAAAGGAGAGGUUUCUUUCUACUUUUACACAAAUGUAAUAUAAAUCUUAGGGGUCCACAGAAUGUGUCUGUGAAGUUUCACCUCAAAAUACACCGAAGAUCUUUUAUUAUACCAUGCCCUAAUUGCCCAGUUUUGCAUGUGAGGAGAAACGCGCUGUUUUGGUGUGUGUCUUUUUAAGCGCAAAUGAGCUGCUAGUCUCCGCCCCCUUUUCACAGAAAACUCAGCCAGGGCUGUGAGCGUGUGCUUCCAUCGACAAAAGAAGGGUCACAUAAAGCGAAUGAGAAACGCAAAAAUGGCGGCAGCGACAUGGGUGGACACGUUCAGAAAAGGGGGCGGUAAUAUUAUAAUAAGAACGACUACCUACGUCAGAAAGCGAGCGAAAUCUGAACGGCUAGUUUUCUCACAGGCUUGCAGAGAUAUGCUCACGUAAACAAAGUUACUGGAUUGUCAUUUUUCACGUUUUCUGCGCUGGUAGAUGCACCAGACACCUGAUUAUAGCACUUAAACAUUGAAAAAGUCAGAUUUUCAUGGAAAGUCCCCUUUAAAUGUUCGAUGUAAAAGAAGGCUGCAUUGAUGUCUCACAUUAGAUGUGUGGACAUCCACAUGUAUGGAUGCAUUUCAGUAAAACAAAUUUUAAAUGAAAAGGAUGAGUUGACAGCUGUAGUUUUCAGAAAAUGAGUAUUUCCUAAAGCUCAUUCAGUUGAGGAUAUGGCUAAAUCUAAACAAUUCUAAUGGAGGGCAGCUGUACUGACACAAGUUGUACUGCGCUGCUCUUUUUCACUAUUUGUAAAUCCUGUGAAAACGACAAAUCACAUAUGAGAUCAGUCAACGUCACAGUUGUUUCUCAUAGACAGCAAAAGAUUAAAUAGAACACAGUCAGAUAAAGUCAAAGAUAAAUCUACAUUGGUUGUGCAAGUUCUAUACCUGAAUUGUCCUGACCAAUUACAGAAACUGACAUUUAAAUAUUAUGAAAGAAAACUAUUUAAUAGAAAAACUCAUCUCCACCACUAGAUGGCAUUACAGUGCUGUUAAAAGCUCUCCUCAUAUUACAGAAACUCGAGUGUUCCCCAACUUAAAAACAAAACCAAGUCUUGAAACUACAUUUCCCAAAUUUUCUGACACUUCAAAAUCAAACAAUCGCCUCAAAACCAUUUAAUCUGUGCUCAUGCUCCUCCUCUCUUGCAUCCUCCACAUCUCCUGCGCAACCUCGUCCUCCCUCUCUCACACUUCCUUCUCAUCCUUCGCCUCUCAACCAUUCUCUUCAUCCCCUUCCUCUCACACAUGCUUGUCCUCAUCCACCACUAAU